ACCAUCAUCCAAAGUCCAAACCCAUCUUUCAUUUCAUCACAUUUCCUCUUCAUUCACAACCAUUCAUCUAAAAAGUCAUCAAGAUUCAAACCUCUAUUCACAGUAUUCAUCUUAUCUUUUACAUGGAAACAAUUAGUGAAUCCAAUAAUCAUCACCAUAAUUGGGGUUUCAUUGAAAACUCAUCAGAUCAAGAUUCAUGUGAAGAAACUUCAACAAUCUCAAAUGGAUCAUCAUCCAUUUCUUCAUCUUCUUCAGUAGAUACCAUAGAUGAUGAUGCAUCUUCAUCUUCAUCUUCAUCUUCACUUAAUUCAGCUGGAUCUUCUCUACAUGAUUUAUCUGACCUAAUGUCCCAGUUACCUAUCAAAAGAGGGUUAUCAAAGUUCUAUCAAGGGAAAUCAGAAUCAUUCACAUCUCUUGCAAGGGUAAUAAGCAUUGAAGAUCUUCCAAAGAAACUAAAGAAUCCAUACAACAAGAUGAGGAAGAUGAAAGGUAGCAGCAAGAAUUAUGGAGGUGGUUUAGAUAACUAUAAAUCCCACACCCUCCCCAAACCAACCAUUUCAAAGAAACCUUCACCUUUUCUAAGGCAGAGAAGUUUUACUAAAUCCCAUCUGGUUCCUGAUCAACAGAACAACUAGUGGUAUUCAAAAUUAAACAAGUUUUGGGAGUUUUGUUUAGUUUUUUAGUAUGCAGGGAAAGGGAAAGAGAAUUUUGGGUACUACAUAUGUUUGUAGCAGAGUUGGGAGAGGAGAGAGAUUUUAUGUGUAUAUAAAUAUUAUAUAUAUGAUAUAUAACUUCAUACAUGAAAUCAUGAUUCU